UUAGAAAAAGAGAGAGGGAAAAAAAGAAAAGAAAGAGCGGGAAGAGGUGAUUAUAAUUCUCACAUGAGUGGGCCACAGACGUCGACGUCAGCCAAGUGUCAGAGCCCACCUUCCGAAGACCCCAUCGCCGCCGCGUCAGGCAUGAAGAAGUUGAGCAGAACCAAAGCACCGAUGGUCAAACGCGAGCGAGUGUCCCCGACGCGCAGUGACAGUGUCGGCUUGGCGGUGGUGGCAUCGCAAGGAUCGGGCGAGGUGUGCCAAGGGUGCCAUGACGUCAUCGCCGACCGGUUCCUCCUGCGGGUCAACUCGAGGUCGUGGCACCAGACUUGCCUGCGGUGCUGCGUGUGCCAGCUGGCCCUCGACCGGCAGCCGUCGUGCUUCAUCCGGGAACACAAUGUCUACUGCAAGUCCGACUACACGAGGAACUUCGGCGCGCGGUGCGCCAAGUGCUGCCGCAGCAUCGGCGCGGCGGACUGGGUGCGGCGGGCUCGCGACCGCGUCUACCACCUCGCCUGCUUCGCCUGCGACGCCUGCAAGCGGCAGCUCAGCACGGGCGAGGAGUUCGCCCUCCACGACAACCGCGUCCUCUGCAAGCAGCACUACCUCGAGUCCAUCGAGGGCGGCGCCACGAGCAACGACGAGAACACGGACGGGGAAGGCAGCCAAAGGAAGAGCAAACGCGUCCGUACGACCUUCACGGACGAGCAGUUGCAGGUCUUGCAAGCCAACUUCCAGAUCGACUCGAACCCGGACAGCCAAGACCUCGAGAGAAUCGCCCAGUUGACGGGGCUCAGCAAGAGAGUCACGCAGGUCUGGUUUCAAAACUCGAGGGCGCGCCAGAAGAAAAAUAUGUCGUCUAAGAAACACCAGCAAGGUCUCGACAGAGCUCUGCAGGAUAUGAACGGGUCCUUGUCACGCACCAUCGACCUCCACUUUAUGUAUUCUUUUCGCCCUCAGAGUGUCGAGCCUGAGGAAUCGUCAUCUCCCGAGACCCCAAUAAUGACCAUGAUGCACGGCGAGGUGUGA